UAAAACAAUCUGAUCCGGCUCUGUUUAUUCCUAAUUAAAUAAAAUAUAGGAUUGUGUAAGCUAUUUCCGCAGGUUGCUGGUUUCCAAAAUGAAUGUAUCCGGAUGUCUCUCACAGGGCAGGACGCCCCUUCAUUGGCUGUCAGCUGACACCGGGGGGUAAGUCGCUCUCCUUGGUGCUGAAAUCGCUGCACACCACGAUAAUGUAGACGACGAUGAGGCCAAAAUCAGCACAAACACGCCAAAAUGGACGACGAUCUGUUCCAACUGAGACAACUUCCUGUUGUUCGCUUCAGGCGUACAGGUGAGAGCACGCGCUCUGAGGAAGAUGGAGACAGCAGGCAGCAACAGGAUGUCAGGGCAGUGGAACUGGGUGAUCAGGAGUCUGAGGCCCUCACAGAUGGAGCUGAAGUCCCACGAGAGUUUGCCAACCCCACUGACGACACUUUCAUGGUAGAAGAUGCUGUGGAGGCCAUCGGCUUUGGGACCUUUCAGUGGAAGCUCUCCAUCCUCACUGGUCUAUCCUGGAUGGCCGAUGCCAUGGAGAUGAUGAUCUUAAGCAUCUUGGCGCCGCAGCUUCACUGUGAAUGGAGACUGCCGAGUCUGGAGGUGGCCCUGCUCACAUCGGCAGUUUUCAUUGGGAUGAUGAUCAGCUCUUCAUUAUGGGGAAACAUUUCAGACAAAUAUGGCAGAAAAACUGGUUUGAAGAUGAGUGUGUUGUGGACGAUGUUCUAUGGUGUCUUGAGUGCAUUUGCACCUAUUUAUGGGUGGAUCCUGGUUCUACGGGCACUGGUGGGUUUUGGCAUCGGAGGGGCGCCGCAGUCGGUGACCCUGUAUGCAGAAUUUCUGCCUAUGAGGUCCAGAGCCACCUGUAUCUUACUUAUUGAGAUUUUUUGGGCUCUGGGGACUGUAUUUGAAGUCCUUUUAGCGAUUCUGGUGAUGCCCACUCUGGGCUGGCGCUGGCUGCUUGGCCUGUCCACCAUUCCCCUUUUCAUCUUUGCCAUCCUGUGUUUUUGGCUUCCAGAGAGCGCUCGAUAUGAUGUGCUGACAGGGAACCAGGAUAAGGCUCUGGCUACUCUCAAACGCAUCGCCACGGAGAACGGAGUGCCCAUGCCUCUGGGGAAACUAAUCGCUGCCAGACAGGAAGACCGUGGGAAAAUUAAAGACUUAUUUUCAUCCCAUUUUCGAUGCACCACAGUUCUCUUAUGGUUUAUUUGGUUUGCAAACGCCUUCUCUUACUAUGGGCUGGUGCUGCUCACCACAGAGCUGUUUCAAGAGGGGGGCGCAUGUGGAAUGUCCAAAGGAAACAAACAGGAGCUUCGCUGCAACUUGGAGUGUAAAUACCUUAAUUCUGAUGACUAUAAAGACCUGCUGUGGACUACUUUAUCAGAGUUUCCUGGACUGCUGGUGACACUGUGGGCUAUUGAUCGCCUGGGACGGAGGAAGACGAUGGCUCUGUGCUUUUUCGUCUUCUCACUGGCUCUCAUCCCGCUGUACGGCUGUGUUGGGAGAGUUUCCAUGACGGUGUUAAUAUUCAUCGCCAGAGCGUUCAUUGCUGGAGGCUUUCAGGCUGCCUAUGUUUACACGCCAGAAGUGUAUCCAACAGCAACCAGAGCUUUAGGUCUGGGAACAAGCAGUGGAAUGGCCAGAGUUGGUGCCCUCAUUACACCUUUUGUUGCUCAGGUGAUGUUGGAGUAUUCGGUGUACUUGGCUCUCUCAGUGUACUGCUGCUGCUGCCUCUUUGCUGCCAUCGCCUCCUGUGCGCUGCCGAUCGAGACCACAGGCCGGGGUCUGCAGGAGUCCAACCACCGCGAGUGGGGACAGGAAAUGACAGGCCACAACUCAGAGGGGAUCCCACACUCGAGCUCCGGCUCCCAAGGCUAAAGACAGGCCGGCUGCAGCUCAAUCAAUGGCCAAGACGCUAACCAUCUUCAGUUUUCCUUACAUUCAGACAUGAUUGCAGCGUUAAAUACACAACAAACUUGUGUUUUUAAGGCCGUUCCACCACUGCUGUCAGUGUUGAUGCUGUAUUCGUAAAAUUGCAGACAUGAAAGCGAGACUUUCAUGGACAGAAGUUCAGUGAAGCUGGAGAAACUUCUUCUUUGUGGGAAAAAGUCAAUCUUCAGCCACAAAUAACUCCCAUUCUUUUUUUCUAAAGAGCCUUAAAACUACCUAUUCAGUUUGUUGCCAAGGAUCUGAAUCCAAUGAGAAAAGCUUUGUCAAUUAAACCAAGCAUAGAUGUGUAUAGGAAACAAGAUUAUCCUGCUCAAACAAAACCCUGCUAAAAUCCACCAUAUGUACACUUCAUGAGACCGGCAUCGUAGGGGGUAAUGAUGCUAAAAUAAUCAACCAAACAUUCAAAGAAAGGUUUGUCUUUAGUUAAAACUGUUGCAGCUAUGAAGGUGUAAAUACUCAACAGAACUUCCAGGUCUUGUUUUCUUUCAUUUAUCCUCUGUUGGUGCAGUUUCACUUGAAAUUUUGUAAAAAAAUAUUCAACUAAAACCUUAAAAAGCAGAAUUUAAUCCUGUAAUGAGGAAAUCUUACUCUUAUAUGGUCAAAUUUUAAACAGCUUAAAAAAAUUCAACAAAGUAAAUCAAGCUAGAAAAGAGGUGUUCACAAAUUAAAAUGAUUGUGGAUCUCUCCCAAAAUUGUUUUUUUUUCUUCCUGUUGGGAAUAUUGGGAAGAUGCAUUUUCCAAAAAUAAAUCUCAUGAAAUUCAAGUGGUCUGUUUAGCAGCAUCCAGCAGUGAGAGGAGUUACUGAAAGAAUAAACAUGAAAUGUUAAAAAAUUCUUGAUCACAAAUUGCACUCCAACAGGGAAAUUGGAUUUUUAGGUCCAAUUUUAGCAAAUUGAACCCCCUGAGAAGUAUGCAUGAAAAACCUACUAAAAAUAAACAAAUUUGAAAACUGUAAUAGAUGCAAAUGAGCCCCAAAUAGUCAAAUGCAGCUGCAAAAGUGGCCUAAAUGUUGCCGCAUAAAGACGAUUGUAGUGUAAUUUCUAAGCCUCUAGCAAAGAAAAGGCAGUAAAAUGAUUUAAAAAAUCAAAAUACAUGUUUGCUCAUGUUUAGUAAACACAUUUUUGUCCUGAUAUUUAAGCCUUGGAUCAUACUGCAGCUCUUUUUUUUAUUUUUCAUUUUGAAACAACUCCUUUCUCCUGAUUCAUUUGGGUUCUCCAAGAUGACAGGUUUAAAAGUGCUAAAAUGGGUACAUACAUUAAAAAUGACCUGCACUGUGCUGUAUGCAUGUUGACAGAUGUGCUGUGUUAACAGACCUAAAAGCUGGAGCUAGUCUCAAACAAAAAAAAAAAACUGCUUGGACUAGUCUCCUGCAGCCCCACCAGAAGCACUUUAUACUUUUGAACUGUUUUCCUGGAAGUGUUUGACUCUGAGACAUUCAUGAUUAAUAUUCAAACAUAAAUUUAACCUCACAGGGAAGUCAAGACAUCGUCCAUGUUCCUGUGAUCUGUGCAUUUCUGUGAACACCUAAAAAAAAAAGACUCAGAUGUUCUUAAACCCUGACGCUGUUCUGUUUGUAAAAAGGUAGACUUUGAUUAGUCUUUCUGAGAAAAAGGGAAGCACAGGUCCACUAAGUUCACUCCUGCCGCCAGUGUUUGAGAUUUAGUGCAGCAUUAUGUGUGUGUGAGCACAGAUGUUGUCGAUACACGGGAUGUAAAUGUGUAUAUGACAGUAAAUACUCUUUCAAAAACAA